ACUGCAAAAAUGAAGCAAUUGGACCAACACAGCCUAAACCCAACCUAAGCUCAAUUUGAUGUGUCAUAUGGGGCUCAACAACUCGUUAGGUUUGGUUUGCCACUUCACGGGCUCUCAGACAGUCGGGUGUCAGAGGCUCUGAAAAAAAUUGUAAUAAAUUAAUGAUUCUUGCUGGAGAAGAAAAAUGAGAAAAGAAAAGAAAAGAAGAAACCCGGUCGGCGAUUCACUCGGCAUAAAGGGUGUUGAGGUCGGAGUAGCUCUGUAGAUCAUCCUCGUUCAUUCACGGCUGAAAGCAAGAGCCGAAACAUGGCCAACGAAGGUAUUGAGAUUGAGAGCGGUCUCGUUCGUCUCUGCAUCGAGGUUGCCAGCGAAAACGGAGAGAGUGUAGAUAAGUGGCGGAGACAGCGAAGAACUCUCGAACGAAUGCCCUCCCACCUCGCGGAAGCUCUUUUCCAUCGUCUACUCCGUCGUCGGCUCCUCUAUCCUUCCCUUCUUGAAGUUUUCCAACAUUGUAUAGAGGAUAUUGAUUUGAAAGGUGAACAUUUGGUGGACGCUGAGUGGAUGGCAUACUUGGGUGCAUUUCGUCACCUUCGGUCUUUAAAUAUUGCAGAUUGCCGGGCUAUCAAUAGCUCUGCUUUAUGGGCUAUCACUGGGAUGACUAGUUUGAAGGAGAUUGACCUUUCUAGAUGCAUAAGGGUUACUGAUGCUGGUAUUGUGCAUCUUCUAUCAAUUCCAAAUUUGGAGAAAUUAUGUGUCUCAGAAACAGGUCUCACUGCUGAUGGAAUUACAAGGAUUUCUGCCCUUAAGAAUCUGUCUAUGUUGGAUUUGGGAGGUCUACCUGUCACUGAUCUGGCAUUGAGUUCACUCCAGGUAUUGACAAAACUGGCAUACCUUGAUUUGUGGGGAAGCAAAAUAUCCAACAAAGGAAUUUCUGUUCUUGAAAUGUUCCCGAAGUUGAGUUUCUUGAAUCUAGCUUGGACCAAUGUUACUAAAUUGCCAAAUAUACCUUCUCUUAGAUGCCUAAACAUGAGUAACUGUACAAUCCAUUCUAUAUUUGAAGUGGGAAACAGUGAAGUUAAAGUUCCUCUUCUAAGAAAGCUUCUUCUCACUGGGGCGACAUUAGUUGAUGUUGAUGAGGCAUUCUCUCAUAUUGAAACGAAUUACCUGUCCUUCUUGGAUUUAUCACAGUCUUUGCUUGACAAGUUUCAGUUUUUGGCUGGUAUGGGUUCUUUGGAACAUUUGGAACUCAGCUUUAGCAGGAUGGGAGACGAUUCUAUUGAACUGGUUGCACAUGUUGGAGCAAAUCUUAGAUAUCUGAAUCUCAGCAACACAAGAAUUAGCUCAGCAGGGGUAGAGAUUUUAGCUGGACAUGUUCCAAACCUUGAGAGCUUAUCGUUAUCUCAGACAGCUAUUGAUGAUGUUGCCCUCUCAUACAUCAGCAUGAUGCCUUCUUUGAAGGUUAUCAAUUUAAGCAACACAAAUAUUAAAGGCUUCAAUUACAGCACAAGCACUGAGCUGGAUCGGGUUCCCUCACUGAUAGCAUUGCAGAAUCUCAAACAUUUAGCAAGGUUGAAUUUGGAAGAUACCCAACUCAAGGAUGCAUCUUUAUAUCCUUUGUCCACUUUCCAAGAGUUGAAUCAUUUGGCUCUGAAAAGUGAUUUCCUUUCAGACAUCUCUUUGCACAAUCUGUCAUCUAUCCCAAAGUUGAAUUUUCUCGGGAUUCGUGGUGCUGUAUUAACCAAUGCUGGACUCGAUUCAUUCAGACCAUCAAAAAUGCUGGAGACACUGGAUCUGAGGGAAUGCUGGCUUUUAACACAGGAUGCUAUCACAUCAUUUCAGGAAAAUUACCCUCAAAUUGAACUGGUUCAUGAACUUGCUAAAGCUCCCUCUUGGGACCAGAGUACCUAUGAUCGUUCGACUACAUCACAAGGAAACGCCAAAACUUUACAAUUGAGACAGAAGGGCAAAACACUGCUGACCCAACAUAGAUUCCAGAAGGAAAGAUUCAUAGAUGAAAGGCUGAAAUAUAGCAGAGAGGAACUACUGGAGUUGCAGUUCUCACUUUUGUCUUGCAUUCCUCUUGAAGGCAGUGGUGUUAUGCUUCCAAAGAUGCUACUGAAGUAAAUUGGAGGUUCAACCAUUAAUUCUAAUCUGGGCACCCAGCCACCCAUCUAUACAUUACAUAUCUUGUUCUUUCAACAGGAAGAUGUGGCAAGUAAAUUUAUGUACAUUAUUUUAGAUCAUCAUCAUCGUCCAGCCUUAUCCCAAUUGUAUGAGGUUGGUUACAUGAUUCCUGUUUCACCAUUCUGUUCUGCCACAUCUAUUGUUAAAUUAUGAGUGCUUAAAUCAUUUUAUUUUCUACUUCAACCCAUGUCUUUUUUGGUUUGGUAUAGAUAAGGUACAUUAUCUUAGAUGAUCAUAUUUGUCUUGUAUUCAAAAAUGACCAGAAAGUCUCCAUAUUGUGCGCAGGAGGCCUUUGUGUUAUUAUUAGCUUGUUACAUCUCAGUUGAUUUAUUAAUAUGACAUUUUUGGAACGCUUUUUGGAAU